UGACAGCUCCGAACAGCCAUGGGCCUGCGACAGUCCCCCUACUCCAGCCGCUUCUUGGGGGGCGCGGAUGCCGUGGCCAGAGAACUCCUGUACCCCAGCUACUGGCUGCUGAGCCAGCUGCUGGCCCUGCAGCAGACCACCGCGGAGAAGCAGGAGCACCGGAGCCAGGCGUGCCCGCCGCCCCACGCCCUCCGGGUCCUGGCCAAGGGGCCCCUGCUGCUGCUGCUGCUGGUCUUCUACCUGCCCUUCUGCCUGCUGGGCCUGCUGCUGUGGCUGCCCCUGCAGGCGGCACGCCGCCCCUUCGCCUACCAGCACACGCCCAGCCAGGCCUCGCCAGAGGAGUGGGUGCUGCCCGGUAAGGGCAAGGCCUUCCACUUUGUCAGCGCCAAUGUUUGCCUCCUGCCGGACGGCCUGGCCAAAUUCAGCAACCUGGCACAGACCCAGCGGCGUGCUGCGCAGAUCGGGCAAGCCCUCGGGCGAGCUGCAGGACAGGCCACCCCGUCCCACGAGAGGAGCUCCAGAGGGGGUGUCUGCAACGGCACCGGCGGGCAGAAGUAUGGGGCCAUGGAAUCCAGCCCUCCCCGGGCAUGCCGGAGCUACCCUGCAGCGGACGGCGAUGUGGCCAUUGAGGGGCCCCUCUGGGAAGGGAAGGCCACUCCGCCCUGGGAGAUCACGGCCUCCUUCCCUCCGGGCAUGGACUUCCUGUGCCUGCAGGAGGUGUUCGACCGGGAUGCCACCGCACGCCUCCUCCGCCUGCUCGGCCCCUACUUCGAGCACAUCAUCCACGAUGUGGGCACCUGCGGGCUGCUGGGCCACGCGACCUUGAAGCUGCUGAACAGCGGGCUCUUCCUGGCCAGCCGCUACCCUGUGCUGGCCGUGCAGUACCACUGCUACCCCAACGGCAGAGGGGAAGACGCCUUCGCCUCCAAAGGACUGCUCUGCGCGCAGGUGCAGCUGGGAGCUUCCCAAGGGCAAAGGAUUGUGGGAUACUUGAACUGCACCCACCUGCACGCCCCAGAAACUGACGCGCAGAUCCGGUGCGACCAGCUGACCCUGGCUCUCCGUUGGGCACAGGAGUUCCAGGACACCCACGCUCAGCCGGGAGACGUGGUGGCCUUCGAUAUCUUGUGCGGGGAUCUCAACUUCGACAACUGCUCCCCAGACGACCAUCUGGAGCAGGCCCACGAUAUCUUCAGCCUGUAUAAAGACCCAUGUCGCAUCGGGCCGGGGCAGGACAAGCCAUGGGCUCUUGGCACCCUGAUGAACUACCUGGAGAUCUACGAUGAAGCUGUGGCGACCCCGGAGACCAUGAAGAGGACUCUAGAGCAUGCAGAGGGGCGGCAAAAGUACCUGGCAGGCCCCAUCCAGGGGAAGGCGUGCCCCGACCUUUCAGCAAGCACGAGCGAGGGGCGCCGCAUUGACUACAUCCUUUACCGGGAGCACCAGGGCCCAGCACAGCUGAAAACAGUCGUGGAGAGGGUCUCUUUCAUCACCCAGCUGGCCACCUGCUCUGACCACAUGCCCGUGGGACUGCGACUCUUGGUGGCUCCUGAGGCACAGCCCGGAGCGUGA